UUCAAGGUAGAAAUAACCCAUUGGGAGUCGGCAACUCAAGAAUGUGCACGCUGAUUUCCUUGGCAAAAGUGGGCUCUGUUGGCUGCAAGGGCUUUUUAUAGCCUCCACGGAGUAGGGAACUGGGAGGGAUAUCUUCUGCCUCGGAGCUGCUACGAUGAGGCCGUUACCGUCUCAGAUCACUGCCAAUGAUAACUCAGCGAAAGCUGCACCAAAAAAUAUUUUGUUGGAAUUUUGGCUCAGCUCUUCCCGAGAGAAUGGCUAUGGUGCCUGAACGUGCCAUGCUACACUUGGUCAUGACCGCCUGGCAGUUUGGUUAUGCAGGGAACCAUAUCAUCUUGAGAGCUGCACUUAAUAUGGGUGUAAGCAAGCUAGUUUUCCCUCUUUAUAGGAACAUCAUCGCACUGUUUGCACUAGCUCCUUUUGCAUAUUUUCUAGAGAAGAAAGACAGGCCACCAUUAACUACUAUGUUUUUGGUACAGUUCUUCCUCCUCGGAUUUGUUGGGAUAACAUGUAAUCAAGGAUUGUAUCUGUUGGGUUUGGACAAUACUUCACCAACCUUUGCCUCUGCCACAGAGAAUAUUGUUCCUGCAGUAACCUUUCUCAUGGCUGUGGUACUCAGAAUUGAGCAAAUUCACUUGAACAGAAAGGAUGGCAUUGCUAAGGUGGUUGGAACUAUUGCUUCUGUUGCUGGAGCUUCAGUCAUUACCCUUUACAAGGGGCCAACCAUUUAUGCACCAAAUUCUUCACAUUUACACCAAUCACAUUUUUUGGUCUCAUUAGGAGAUGCCGAGAAGAAUUGGACCUUGGGUUGCAUCUAUCUCAUUGUUCACUGCCUAUGUUGGUCUGGUUGGAUUGUAGUACAGGCACCCCUCUUGAAGAAAUACCCGGCUCGGCUUUCAGUUACAUCAUAUUCUUGCCUCUUUAGUACUUUGCAAUUUCUGGUAAUUGCAGCAAGCUUUGAAAGAGACUUGCAAGCCUGGCAGGUUCACUCUGAUGGUGAGCUCUUCAGUAUUUUUUAUACGGGAGUGGUAGCUUCAGCCUUGUCGUUUGCAGCACAAACAUGGGUUAUUGACCGGGCUGGACCGGUAUUUGUUUCAGUGUAUCUACCUGUACAGACCUUACUUGUAGCUGUAAUGGCCUCUGUUGUUUUAGGUGAAGAGUUCUACUUGGGAGGGGUUAUUGGAGCAGUGUUGAUUGUGGUUGGACUAUAUCUUGUCGUGUGGGGUAAAAAUGAAGAGAGCAAGUUUGCUAAAGAAAAUUUGGCAAUUCCCUCAAUGUCUAAGAGAACAUCUUCUAGCAAAUCUCCUCUCAUCCAACCAUUACUUUGUUGUCAGUGUGAAAACGGUGAUCACUAGAAGCCACUACAAUCUACAUCCAAAAGUUGUACCACGCCAACAUUUUCAAUUGUUGAGGCCAAACCUCCCUUUUUUUUUUUCUAAAAAAAAAAAAA